AUGGUUUUUACGGCACCUUCUGGCGGCUGGACGGGGAAAGACUUUCAAUUAAUUUAUCAAAAAAAGGUUGUCAUUUCUGUGACUGACCAAAUUACAAAAAAGACGUGGAGUAUUCAACUCUCCCCUUAUGGGACUUUGGCACUCUCUUCGCUCGAGCAAGUUUUUCCUGGAUGUUCGGGCUUGAAGUAUUCCAUUCCAAGUAUUGGCGACAAUUUCGUUGUUCCAUUUAAUGAUAAGAAAAUGGUUUUUACGGCACCUUCUGGCGGCUGGACGGGGAAAGACUUUCAAUUAAUUUAUAAACAAAAGAUUCCUCCCAUUCCUCCCGUUGUUAUUUCUGUGACUGACCAAAUUACAAAAAAGCCGCGGGGUAUUCAACUCUCCCCUGAUGGCACUUUGGCAUUCUCUUCGCUUGAGCGUGUUUUCCCUGGAUGUUGGGGCUUGGAGUGUUCCAUUCCAAGUAUUGGAGAGAACUGCGUUGUUCCAUUUGAUGAUAAGAAAAUGGUUUUUACGGAACCUUAUGGCGGCUGGACGGGGAAAGACUUUCAAUUAAUUUAUCAACAACAGAUUCCUCCGAUUGUUAAAGCGUUACCUGACACUCGUAAACUUGUCAAACCUUAUAAAUAUGUGCAUGGUGAUUUGCCUAAAUUUGACGAAUUGUCUGAGUACCUUUUCUUUAUUAUGGAGUCUAAUCACAGAAAGUCAUGUGUAACGUCGAUAACCAAGCAUUAUUUUGUCACGUUUUACCACAAUCAUGAAACCUGGAAAAUUGGAAAUUCAUUAAAAAUUUAUCGACAUGAUUCCAAAUCUGGCAUUAACAACAAACAAUUUUUCAUUGCCACAGUUAAAAGCAUCAACAAAAAGCUGGAUUUUAUAUUGUUAAAGACCGAUAAAGAAAUAAACAACCAUAAGCCGUUUUAUUGCAAGCCUCCGUUUAGAAGUUUGCCUGUUGGUUACUAUGGAUAUGGAAAUGACUUUAACACUCUUUCUUACUGUGAGGGUGUUAUACACGCUGAUGAGUUACAAACUUUUCUGGAAAAAGGCGUCGUUCAUGGUCCUUUCUUGUUAGGGACUAUCAAAUCAACAGGAGGCGAUUCAGGAGCGGCUGUCUGGAGUCCUGAGGGUCUUGUCGGUUUGAAUCUAGGUUUUGUCGAUUUUACUGCUAACACUGGCAAGUCUGCACUUUCAAUGGAACUGCAACUAGCCCACUUUGAUAAAAAAAACUACAUUGUUACUAUUGACCGUAUAAUGGAGCAAUUAAUGGUUUGA